GCCUCGUGCCGCUCGCAACUGUCUUCAGUUCGCUCCAGCCCGUGAGGCAGAUCGCGUAUCCGCGCUCACGCGAACCUCUCACAACUUUCACCUCCGCGAUAUCUAUAUCUGUGAUAAAUGCACUAUAACCGAGUGAAAUUAAUUGUGGACCUUCAACUAAACCUCCCUCGACAGCCAACGCCGGCUGACAGUGGCCAACAUCAAGCAUUACGGCAAACUAAUUUCUCCAGUGCACAGCCGAUUCUACGAAACUGCUUAUAAAGAGUUUACCGAGAAACGAAACGGCUGCAAAGUGGAUUUGAGGAAAUAUUGUAAUUGCUAGUGGGCUUGUGUGUUUCCGUGUCUUUGUGUUCAGUAAGGCGUCUACAUUGGAUCCCAAUCGACCGAAAGGACCUCCAAUGGUGGUGAAACUACCAGACUCAUGUGUGAAGGUGGCGGCGCCGUUCGGCAGCUGGGCGACGAGCGUGCAGGCUUGCUGCCCCAACUGCCGGCUCGGCUUCUCCGUCUCAGUAGAGGUCCAUGGCACCCGCCCCGCACUGCCCUCAGCGCCCCACCGGCCACACUACCCAUGCCACCUCCAGCGGUCACAGUCCCUCAAAAGUGCACCAAUGUUAAUCACACCCAAGUCAACAAAUGACAGUGAAAUUCAAAGGUUAAAUGAAACACUGAAGGUGUUGAGGAUAUCUGGCUGGUACUAUGGGAACUUAGAUUGGCAGGGAGCUCAAGUAUUUUUAAAAGAAGCAAGUCCUGGUGCCUUCAUAAUUCGAGACUCCGGAGAUAAAAACUUUAUCUUCUCCCUCUCGGUGCAAACGGAGCGGGGUCCCACCUCAGUACGCCUGCACUAUAAAAAUGGAUUCUUUAGAUUAGAUAGCGAGAAAGCGCUGCAAAUGUACAUGCCGCGGUUCCGCUGCGUGAUCGAGCUGGUGCAGCACUACUGCAGCAAGUCGGCCGGCGGCACGGUGUGGGUGGACCGCAAGGGCUGCCCGCACUCGCCCGUGCUCCUCUCCGCCCCGCUCCGCAAGGCGCCGCCCACGCUCGCGCACGCCGCCCGCCUCGCCGUCCACAAAACCUUCAACUCGGCACCCAAAAUACGGAGCUGCCCGAAAUACAGCUUCCUACCACUACCCACUAGCAUACUGGAUUACCUCGGCGAAUACCCUUAUUCAAUCUAACGUUAGUGAAUCUGGAUUUAGGUGUACUCUAUAAUUUAUUUAUUAUAUACGUAUGUUAGGUAGGAAAUUAAUGUAAAUAUAGGUAUGAUUAUUGAGCGAGGAUGCCCCUGUUGCUGUUUGUGUGGCUUCUGAAGGGGCCUUAAUAUUAUUAGGACAAAUAUUACAAACUAUACCAACAAUAAUUCGUAGUUACGUAAAUAGGAAUUCUUUGGUAAAUUUACUUGCGUUUAGCCUUAUAUUAUUCCAAUUGUGGUUAUUCAAUUAAUUAUAAUGUGUAAUCUUUUGUGAGAGCAAGGUUUACGUGUCAUAAUAUUUAUGGGUUUAAUAGAAAAAAGUAGGUGCUGGCACCGAUCUUGAGCGCUGACCUAUUUAUAAUGUGUAGGAUUACAUUGAUGCAAGUUUCGGCCAUCUGAUUGGCUAGUUUUAAAUUACUAGUUACCUCAUUGGUCCGCUGAAGUUCGAUGUUGGGCAUUACUACUUGCGUAUUUACUAGUACCGGCUACUAGAAAUAAGGGCUGGAUCCUUUAUGUAAUCCAUUUUAUACCAAUGAAAAUAUAAAUUACAUUAAGUAUUGAAUAUGGGACUCAACUAACGUAUUUAGCAAAAUAUAUAUUCACAUAACCUUUAUUAUAAUGGCGUUUCUGUGUCUGUAUAUAGAGUUAUUAUUGUAAUAACGAUGUAAUGCAAGACUGAACCUUGUAUGAAACGAUGAAUUUUAGCCUCAAAAAUUAGAUUAAAUUUGCCGGUUCACAGCAGUAUUAUACAUAAUAAUUACAUUUACUGCAAGUGAGAAAACUUGUUCCAUAAUGCCUAACUCUUGUCGAUUGUACUAAAUAUCAUCACACUAUUUUAUAGAAUAUAAUAUUAAUUUAUUUAAAACUAGGUUUAAUGUAUUAACUGAUUUGUUCCUACUCUCUUUUCUCAAGUGUUCCGCCCUAUCUUUUUGUUAUACUCUAUUCUGAAACUCCUAACGUCAAUUUGGCCUUUAAAUUUGCGUAGCAUAAGGCACUCUCCAAUGCUAUAUAGCCUUUUAAUUUGGCUCCAUUUUAUUAACUGCCAGUAGUUCGUGCCAUCAGAUUAAAAAUGUAUUUUUAACGACAUUUAUUACAGUUUGCGCUAAACAAGGAUAUUCGAAUCGUCCUUGCAUUUAUGAAAUGUAAGUAUUCUGAGGCUGAAUAAUCUGUAAAUAGUUUUGUUUUGUUUCCUUAUUUAUUUGUAACAUUAGGUGCGUAGUUUAGUAGCUAAUUUUUGUGAGAUGGAUGAGCCAUGUGAUGGUCAGUUAGUGAUCGCGAGUGUCGUGUCAACCAUGUACCUUGAAUAAUCUCAGCUAGAUUUACAUAUUCUAAGUUCACAUUACUUUUAAUAUUACAACUAUCUAUGUGACUGCCAAAAUAACUCCCCUAAUAUUAGGCGAGGUCUUCAUUCAUUUAUUUAUCUGUAAAACUGAUGAGUUUAUUUGUAUUAGUUUUGUGCAUUGAUAUUCUCUAAAAUAUUUUUGUAGAUACUUACCAAUUUUUCACAAGAAUAGAUAGCACCAAUUGAAUAAGUGUGACAUAAUAUAAACAAGAAUAUUGUGUAUAAUAAUAUUAUAGUAUCUUCAUCUGUGAAAGAACUGCAAAUAAUUUAUACUUACAUACAUAAUAUACAAACAAUAUUACAUUCUGCCUUUAAAUA